GAUAUCUUGCAAUUAAUUGCAUUAUAUCAAAUAGCUGUAAAUUAGCAUACUACAUGGAAUUAAUUUUGCAGAUCAUAUCAAUCUUCAUUAAACCAAUUAGCUGUAAAUUAGCAUGCACUAGGAAUUGAUUUUGCUGAACUCAUGUAUAUAUGUGUGUAUUCUGCUUGUAUCAGAGAUAUAGAAAAAUACACUCUUCUUCACAAAGAGUUGUUUUUCGUGUUAUGGUACCAGAGCACUUUCUGGGAACCUAAGAUCAACACCCUUCUGCUGCCAUGAGUCACGAAGGCGAAAAGAGUGUUGAUGAUGAGCAGAAAAACAUUAACGAAGAAGGAAAGAAGAAAACUGUUGGUGAUGUAAAAGGGACGAGACGGACCAUCUCUCCCUAUGAUAUUACUCCCAACGACAAUCCUGGAAGCUUGCUAACGCAAGUGCAAUUGAAAGGAGAGAACUAUGACGAGUGGUCACGUUCUCUCAGAACCGCGUUACGAGCACGAAAAAAAUUUGGGUUCGUCGACGGAACGAUCGAACGCCCAGAGAAGGGAUCGGCAGAUCUCGAAGAUUGGUGGACCAAUAACUCAUUGUUGGUGUCUUGGAUAAUGAAUACAAUAGAACCAUCACUGCGUUCAACCAUGUCUCAUAUGGAAGUUGCGCAAGAACUAUGGGAGGAUAUUGAAGAGCGUUUUUCAGUGGUCAAUGGACCAAGAAUACAACAGUUAAAGGCUGAACUUGCUGAAUGCAAGCAAAAAGGAUUGACAAUAGUUGCUUACUUUGGAAAGCUGAAGAAACUGUGGGAAGAGCUGGCCAAUUAUGAGCAAUUUCCGGUGUGUAAAUGUGGAAAAUGCACCUGUAAUCUUGGCGUAGCUUUUGAAAAGAAACGUGAAGAAGAAAAGGUUCAUCAGUUCCUCAUGGGACUUGAUGACGUAGUGUAUGGGAUGGUAAGAUCAAAUCUUCUUGCUCAAGAUCCGCUGCCAAAUCUCAAUAAAACUUAUUCAACACUUGUGCAAGAAGAAAGGGUGCGGACAAUGGUUCGAGGCAAAGAACAACAAAGCGAAGCUAUGAGUUUUGCUGUGCAAGCUGUUAAAUCUCGCAGCAAAAUUGACGGAAAGGAAAAGAAUGAUUGAUGUAACC